UUAUAUCCUGUCUCCUAUACAUACGCCAUGAAGUUCCUUUGGACACAGACAUGCACACAAAUGCGGACAAAGGCACAGACUCUACAAAAGAGGCAUUCCACCACUAUCGCUACUUGCCUCAUGGUAGCCUCAUUCUUAGCCGGCAGCCUUCAUUGUUGUGCAUCCGCACAGUCAACUUAUACCCCUUCCGACUCUUGGCAUACCUCGACAACUCACCCAACCGCGUCUUUGUCACACCAGGGAAAUCGUCUCACAGACCGGAGAAUUAACAAUGCUCUUCAGGUACCAACAGCAGCAGAGACACGUUUGAAUCAGUAUCAUCAACAACAUCAACAUCGACAUCGACAUCACCGACUACACCGACAACAACAAAAAGCUCCUACUUCCACUUCAACCGAUUCUUCCUCUCACUCUUUAAUGACAGCUCAUGAUGAUAAUGAUAAGCACCUUUUAACGAUAAUGAAACAUUCAAAACCACCCCUCCCAGAACGAAUAUUACGACUACAGAAACGUCAAACACAUAGUACUCCCGUACACAUGAAGCAUUUACCUUCUCCCUCUUCUCCCUCUUCGUCUCUGCCGCCAUCGUCUCCAUUGCCCUCACUAUUACCAACAUCUAGUCCGUCUGCACCUCAACCUUUGAUCGCCAUCCUUCCAUUACCAUCACAGGGUUCUUCAUCAGGGCCUGACCCAUCUUCUACGGCAUCACAGCCUCAGAAACCAAUCUCAUUGAUAUCUUCUCAAAAUGGGGCGAAUGCGUCGCAGAUUAAUUUUCCUUAUACCCCUGCCACAGGAGCCAGGAACGAGUUGACACUGACACCUAAUGUGACAUCGGUAGAAGGAUUAGUCGAAAUUCGAAUCGGAGUCAUCCUACCGUACUCCUUGCCCAGCAACCUUACACAGCAGUUAACUUAUAGUGGGACAUCAGCCAUCCGACUGGCUGCAAGUGAGAUCAAUGCGAAUCAGUUAAUCCCUGGUGCUUAUGUGACACUUGUUCUCAAGGACUCGUUCAAUGGACGUGAUCCCGAGAACUCGGGGGCUUCUCAGGCCAUCUUUUCGACUGUAUCGUUGCUUCAGGCCAAUGGAGGUGUUUCAGCCGUGAUUGGUGAUGUAAGCAGCGCGCUUUCGAUGCAAUCAGCUCUCUUGACAAGUCGGUUGUCAAUCCCACAGUGCUCCUAUUCUGCAGGGUCCACACAACUUUCAAACAAGGAUGAUUAUGAUUAUUUCUUUCGGACUAUCCCUACAGAGCUGAUGUUUGGCAAGGUGAUGAUUGAUUUUGUUGCCAGUCGUGGGUGGAAAACAAUUGCAGUGUUAUAUACUGGAGAUUCUCUUGGUGUUGGAAUAAUGGACAAUAUUGUAUUACAGGCAGCUCAGAAAAAUAUCACUGUUGGGUUCAAGCAAGCAUUCUGGGAGUCGGGUACGUCCUUGGAUAUUGAUGCUACAUUAAAUUCUGUCAAGGAGUCUGGGCAACGGAUUAUCCUAGUGGCAGCAGUGAACGAGCCCCAGAUCCGAUUGAUGAUUGAAGCUGUCAACAAAGGCCUGGUGUCAAAAAAUUAUGUCUGGCUUACGAUCAAUCAAAUUGCAGAACCAAUGUUGGAGGAGAAUUCAGGAUUGAAGCCAUCGGAUCUGAAUGGGUUGUUUAUGUUUGAUAAUCUGCUAAAGUUAAAUGGCUAUGAACCCUACGAGAGGUUCUUAGACAAGUGGGCAGCUCUUGACCCGUCGCAAUAUCCUUAUGCUGGUCAACGGGAUAUUUCUAGCAAUGAGCCUCAAGCUUAUUCAUGCAUGAUGGUCAUAGCGAGCGCGUUCGCAAAAGUAACCAAAGGCAACACGACAGCAUUGCAGGCGUUGGCUGCAGGAAGGAAAGGAUAUCAUUUGAAACCAUUGGAGAUGAACACCAAUUAUACAGGACCUGGUGGGCCCAUGGUCUUUGAUGUAAAUGGCGACAUGGUUUAUGCGAACUUCAUCCUAUACAACUUUCAAAAUGGGAAGGUAGUGCCGAUCGGAACAUCGUAUUCUGGUGUUUUCAAUUUGACGUCGCCACCCAUGUUCUUUGAUGGGUCACACAAGACACCUGCAGAUUUAGCGCCACUUCUUGUCUUGAAUCCCAAAUUUGGGUCACCGAUCGGGAUUGUCAUCAUCGCAGUGGCUGGAGUGAGUAUCCUGUUUUCGCUUUUGACCAUGCUCAUUGUAGUUGUUCAUAGGAAUGCACAAGUUAUCAAAGCAUCUAGUCCUCUGUUCUGCUGUUUAGAACUAUGUGGGUUUAUUAUACUGUAUGUUGCCACGAUCAUUGGUUUGGACAUCCCAACAGAGUUUUUGUGCAUGGCGCGGCCCCUUGCAUUGAAUUUGGGGCUUGUGUUGGUGGUGAGUAACAUUGUGGCGAAGAACUUUCGGAUUUACAGGAUCUUUCAUAAUAUCUAUGUGACCAAACGCGUCAUCAAGGAUUCACAUCUGCUCAAGAUCGUCGGCACUAUUAUGAUGGGCAACUUGAUUAUUAUCAUUUCUUGGUUCAUAAAGUCACCACCAACGCUGGAGCAGAUCGCCAUGCCAGAUUUCACCUCGUAUUGGUCAUGCGAUAAUACGAGUGGGGGGAGUGUUCCAUUCUUUGUCCUUUUGUUUGUGUAUAACGGUGUAUUACUUUUGAUCGCGACUUACUUGGCUUAUAUGAACCGGAAUGUUGCAACCAACUAUAACGAAUGUCGACAAAUUGCGUUUGUCGUGUACAAUAUUCUGUUGUCUGGAUGCUUAGCUUUGCCUACAGUGUUUUUACCACGAUCACAAUUCCUGAUAAAGUUCUUUCUGUCGACAGGGGUAUUCCUGUUUGGCACUACAUUUUCACUCUUAUUCUUGUUUCUGCCCAAGCUCUGGGAAUUGUAUUCACAAAUCGAGCGAACGCAGCAACAGCAAAGGCAAAACAACUGUAGCUCGGCUGUCCAUGGAGAGCGAUCCACUCAUAUGGGGCUAGGUCCAGGCUUGAGUCCGGGUUCAGUUUUAGAGUCAAGGAGUGCUGAGAAUUUUAUCUAUAACAUGGCAUCUACAUGGAUGAAUAGUUCCAGCAACAUUGGAGUCCUCGGUCCUAGUGCUUCGAGCGACAUGAUGCUUGGUAGUACAGGUGCAGGAGGAGGAGACCAUUCGAGCUAUGGGAAUGGAAACGGAGCAAGGAGUAGCACAUAUUUAUCCUACGGACGAAAGGGCAGUGCAGCAAGCUUGGAAGACUAUAAGGGAGGAGGAGGAGAAGAUGAUGGUAAUACGCUCAAGGAGAUGCAUAUGGGAUAUAUGGGUGUCAAGUUUCAGAGCCGGUUCUGGCCCCUAUCCUUCAUAUCCAAUUGGCGGAUGGGGCGCAUUGUUCUAUAUCCCACCGGGCGAUACUUUACAUGCUUUGAAUUGGGAAAGCCAGAGACUGGCAGGACGUAUACCUAUACUUCAGUUUGUAUCCACUCCAGGGAACCAGGUGAAUAUAUAUUGGUGGUGAUGGGAACUCGUCGCUACGAUUUUUUGCUUCAAGUUCGAGAUGAAGAAAGGUUGAUGUAUUGGUACAAUCUGUUUGACAGCUACCCGAGACCACGUCAGGGCAGCAAUGGGAAUAUCAACACGAUUGCGUACUCUAGUUCGCAUGACAUGAGAAGUAUUAUGCUCCCGCUUGGGGAUCUAUCGAUGGCUAAUCUGGCUGCUGCUGCUAAUGCAGCCACUGCCAACGCUGCAACAGAAAGUGGCAAUGCUAGUGGCAUUGCUAGUGGUAAUGCUACCGCGGCUGUUGUUGAGUCACAAUAACCAUUUGAACUGUUUAGUUAGGAACAGACACCGAAGCAGGUUCUUCGUAGAAAUGGUGGUGGCAGCGAUAGCAGCAAUUGCAGCAGCGGCAGCAGGCAGUACCAGUAGACUAGAAACUAUCAUUGAAGAGCAUUUCUUUUUGCAUUCGCCCUCACACGUUUAUCACAGUAGCAGAGGGUCAAAAGAUCUAAAGAAUGUAGAUUGAUAGAUUGAUCAUUAAAAGGAGGAAAAAAGGGUUUG